AUGAGUAAUAAAGGAAGAACAUAUAAAGCACUAGUCAGAAGGAAAGCCAAGGUGUACGAGGGGAAAAGAACAAAGUUGAGGAAUAAACGACCAGGCCAACUUACCAGGAGGGGGUUCUGGCUCCUGUGCCUCACAUACGUAGUAGUAUACUUCCUGGGAGGUAUCAGCUGUUUGACGUGUUUGAAGAGGCAGAGUAAGCUGAGCUAUAUCUACCUUAUAUAUAGCGAAAAAAGAAUCAGUGAUAAUCAUCGGAGGAAAAAUUAUUUAAAUUAUAAAAAUGGAAUCAUUUUGAAACAGGAUGCAUCGAAUGGAAGACAGAAAUUUACCUUAGGUAGCGAAAAGGUAAAUAGAAUUAUAGAAAGUUUGAAAGAGUUAACAUUGCUGGAAGCAAGCGAACUAGUGAAACAAAUUGAAACCACCUUUUCAGUGGACACCAGACAGAGUAUAGGUGCUUCGAACAAUGAUCAGGACAAUAAAAAAAAUGCAGGUGAUGCAAACGCUAAUGAGGACGAAGAGGAUGACGAAAAUAAGGUCUACGAUUUGAUCUUAGAAAAUAUAGAACCCAAUAAAAAAAUUCCCAUCAUUAAGAUCGUUAAGGAGAUUAAGAAGGAUCUGAAUUUGAAGCAAGCCAAGGACUUGGUGGAUAACUUACCCCAAACUCUUUUUGAAAAAGUUAACAAAGAAACGGCUGACAAGUGGAAGGCCAAGCUUACAGAGGCUGGGGGCAUUGUUAAGUUGAAGUAG